ACUUCCUCGUUUGUAUCUAUUCCUUCCCACUGACAUAGGCCUUUCCUUUCUACUGGUGCACUCUGUACAUUCUCCACAACAUAUAUCACUGGCUUUCUCAGCAUCCUUCUCGCCGAAGACGCGUACUAUUUCGUCCGGGACGUGUAUGCGCAUGUCGAAUUGAUGCACCAUGUCGUCCGCCUCGGAAGAUGAACUGAAUGUCGACAUCUCCCAGUGGAAGCCUCGUACUGUAAACACUGCUCCUCGCCCAGUUGCUCCCCCGCCUAGGACCUUUGCCUCAAUCAACACUCCGACCACUGUACCUGAGACGACCACCGGAGCCGAGGACGAUGACUUGGAUAUCGAUGCCAUUAUCGACGGCAUAGCUGAAGAUGAUCCUGAACCUGAACUGGAAUCACCCGCUCCUACUCUCCCACCUACAACGACCAGAAGACCCACACGGGACAUCGAAAUCGUCAUCACGAAAGACCCCAACUUUGACCGUGAAGCUUACACCGACUGUACAUACGGUGCCAACAUUGUUCGCCGUGUAUUGAAAGAGAUUUCUCAGAAUGAAGAUGUAUACUACAAUGUUGAGUUUGUCGAUAGACAUACAGAGCAGGUCUCUUUCAACGAUCUAUUAGAGUACGAGAACGGCCAAGAAUCCCUGCAGGAAUACAACGAGAACGUCCAAGACAGGAGCGACUAUGCCGAAGAAGAAAGUGACGUCGAAGAGAUCCAGCGCCCCAGGCCCAGCAAAUCUGGUUACGUCGACACCGCUCAAGCCCUCGAAUACCUGGAAGCACAAGACAAUCCCUCACGCUCAAGAAAGCCAAAGGCAACCAAAAGAUACGACAGCAAAUCAGACGAGGACGGCCCGGCUCCUCGUCGUUCCAGGAGAGUCGUCCCGCCAGCUUCCGAGCCCAGGAGAGCCUCAAGACGUCUCCAAUCCAUGUCUCAGGCCGAUUCAGAAGACAACGACGACGACGACGAUGGCUUCAUUCUCCAAUCCGACGUCCUGCCCACCAGAAAACGAAAGCGAUCUUUGAGAUCCGCAAGUCGUCCCAUCAACUACGCCGAUGAUGGUGAGGAUGAGCUUCAAUACGACAACUCGAGGCCUCGCACGUCACGCCCCAUGGGCCAGGGAGUCCGCCAGUCGGGUCGAUCGACACGUCACCAAGGCGACAUGCAGGAUCCAGGUGUUAACGACAUCUAUAGAUCAGAGUCGGAACCACGUCCUGUCGCCCCUCCCAAGCCUGUCGGAGCUCGUGAAUCUUUCAGGGACCUCCCACGCUCAGACCCUUUCCGCGCCCGUCACAUCCAACACUGCGACUCAUGUCAGAACGGCACUAACUUUGCACCUCUGAUCUACUGUCAAGGUUGUGUCUAUGCCUACCACAAGAGCUGCAUCGGUCACCGCGGAUCUAGGGAGCAUCUGGUCACCAAAGUUGGUAAGAACGACUUUGUUCUCCAGUGCCGCCGCUGUGUCGCCUAUCCGAUGAAGAAGGAUCAUACAGCUCCAGACCAUGGAAGGUGCUCUGACUGUAAGGAGCAUGGCUCAUCAUGUGUUCCUUUCAGGGAGCGCAAGACCCCUCAACAGGAACAAAAGGACCGCGAAGAGAACAAUGGUGAGGACCCGAUCUGUCCUGUUCCGCAAAAUCUCAUCAACAACCCCGAUAAUGUCAUGUUCCGCUGCACUGCCUGCUCCAGAGGCUUCCACUUCGAGCACAUGCCGCCGAAGUCGGACAGCCUGAUGGACCUCGACAGCGACGAUGUAGCCGCUCAGCGACUUCAAGAGUACAGCCAGGACUGGAGAUGCAAAGAGUGUCUUGAUUGUCCAGGAAAGGUCGGGUCACUUGUGGCGUGGAAGCCGAUCGAUGAAGACAACUACGACCCUAGCUUGGGCUACGACAGAAUUCCUGAAGAUGAAAAGGCUUACCUCGUGCGUUGGGAUAGUAAGUCGUACUUCCAGGCUGCAUGGAUGCCUGGACCUUGGGUCUGGGGUGCCACCGCUGGCGCCAUGCGCAAAGCCUUUGCGAAGCGUGACGAGGCACGUCAACCCAAGAUGCGCACUGAAGACGCGAUUCCCGAGGACUUCCUUCGCAUCGACAUUGUGCUUGAUGUCAAAUACACCAGUAUUGUUGACAUCUCGACUGAAGAGAUCGACAAGGCACGUAUUCGUGAAGUCGACGUCGCUCUGGUCAAGUACAAGGGCCUUGGGUAUGAAGAUGUUGUUUGGGAGAAGCCCCCUACUCCUGAUGAUGUUGAUCGCUGGACUGAUUUCGUCGUCGCUUAUAACGAUUGGGUGCUUGGCAGAUAUGUGAAGCAGCCCAAACCACCGCAGCUCAAGACUCGCCUCGAGAAGGCGAGAUCUCUUGACUUUGCGCAAAAGCUUGAGAAGAAGAAGCAGCCUAACAACAUCACUGGAGGAGAGCUUAUGAAUUACCAGAUGGAGGGUCUCAAUUGGCUCUACUACAAAUGGUACACACACAAAAACGCCAUUCUGGCUGACGAGAUGGGUCUAGGAAAGACGAUCCAGAUCAUCGCUUUCCUCGCCACUCUAGUUCAAGACUGGAAUUGCUUUCCCUUCUUGGUUGUGGUACCCAACUCCACUUGUGCCAAUUGGCGUCGUGAAGUCAAGCAAUGGGCUCCUUCCUUGAGAGUCGUCGCAUACUUCGGAAGCAAGGAAGCUCGCGACUUGACCUACCGCUACGAACUAUUUGCUCGCGAUAGCAGAGAGCUCAGAUGUCAUAUUGUCGUGACUUCCUACGACUGCGCUGCUGAUGACAGUGCUCGAAAGUUCUUCAAGUCCAUUCCUUGGCAAGCACUCAUCGUCGACGAAGGACAGCGUUUGAAGAGCGACAAGUCCCAGCUAUACUCAGCGCUGGCAUCUUUGAAAGCACCUUUCAAGGUUCUCCUGACUGGUACGCCUCUGCAGAACAGCGCACGUGAGUUGUUCAAUCUUCUGCAGUUCCUCGACGACACCUUCGAUGCCAGUCAGCUGGAAGAGAAGUUCCAGAAUCUUGACACAGCCAAGAUUCAGGAGUUGCACGGUAUUAUUCGCCCCUUCUUCCUGCGUCGCACAAAAGCUCAGGUCUUGACCUUCCUUCCACCGAUGGCCCAAGUAAUCGUACCGGUCUCUAUGUCUACCGUCCAGAAGAAGCUUUACAAGAACAUUCUCGCAAAGAAUCCAGACCUCAUGCGCGCUAUCUUCCAGGGAGCUAAGGAACUUAGACCCACAGAACGCGCUAACUUGAACAACAUCCUUAUGCAGCUGCGCAAAUGCCUUUGCCAUCCUUUCGUGUACAGCACCGAGAUCGAAGAGAGAAACGUGUCUCAAGCUGCCAGCCAUCGUAACCUCGUCGAUGCUAGUGGAAAGUUGCAAUUGCUCGAGAUACUCCUUCCCAAGCUCAAGGAGCGUGGUCACCGCGUGCUGAUCUUCAGUCAGUUCCUUGAUAUGCUCACUAUGGUGGAGGACUUCCUUGAUGGCCUUGAGAUGCGCUGCCAGCGUCUCGAUGGAACUAUCAGCAGUCUGGAAAAGCAAAAACGUAUUGAUGAGUUCAAUGCACCUGACUCUGCCUUGUUUGCUUUCUUGCUUUCCACUCGUGCCGGAGGUGUCGGUAUCAACUUGGCGACAGCAGAUACUGUCAUCAUCUUGGAUCCUGAUUUCAACCCUCACCAAGAUAUUCAAGCACUGAGUCGAGCUCAUCGUAUCGGUCAGAAGAAGAAGGUCUCAUGCUUCCAGAUCGUCACUCGUGCCAGUGCUGAAGAGAAGAUCAUGUCCUACGGUAGACGCAAGAUGGCACUGGAUCACGUCCUGAUCGAACAGAUGGACGCAGACGAUGCUACAGAUCGCGACCUCGAAGGUAUCCUUCGCCACGGUACCAAGGAGUUAUUCGAUGACGAUGGAGAGAAAGACAUCAAGUACGACUCAGCCGCGAUCGAUAGGUUGCUCGAAGUUAGCAACGUCGAGCAUACAAAGGCUGGUGAAGACAAAUCGGCAGAAUCCACCUUUUCAUUCGCUAGGAUUUGGGCCAACAACGAGCUCGAAGAUACAGCUGUCGAAGGACCAGAAGCAGCAGAGGUGGCUCCUGAUCGCGACGUAUGGGACAAGAUUCUUAAGGAACGCGAAAGAAUUGCGGCAGUCGAAGCGGCGGCCGCUGAGCAGGCAUUCGGACGUGGUCGCCGAACCAAAGCAACGGUUGAUUAUGGCGAUGGUACUAACCAAGACGGUCCCGAGGCCGUCAUGGGUCCUAAGGAUGCUGAUAACGGCUCUCCUAUCCGCCCCUCCAAACGAGCUCAAGUAGAUGAUGAUUACGACACAGACUUCCGAGACGAUAGUGACGAUGAGAGCGUCGCAGCAGAAGAGCCUGAAGACAUCGUCGACCCGACAGAGCUGCAGGCUCCUGAUCAAGCAAAGACCACUUCCAAGCUGAUCAGACCGACUGCCCCGCCAUUGUUUCGUCGCGUCGAGAUACCCAAUUACCGCAAUUACGACCCUGAGUUCACAAUCCCAGCCUCGAACGGCAACCCACCGCGACAGCCUCAAAUGGCGUCAUGCGUAGCAUGUCAACACAUUCACCCCCUAGGUAGCUGUCCUCUCAAGCUUGCGGGCGUCGAACACUGCGGACUCUGCGGUCUCGCACACUAUGGCUUCUCUCGCAUCUGUCCACACAUCAAUUCAGAGACUCAAGUACGCGAGAUGAUCCAAGCUGUCAAGUCAUCUUCAGAAGCUGGACACUUGAAGGCAGAAACUAUGAAAUACCUUACUGGAUUGAAGGGUACUUUAGUGCAGAAGAAGAAAAAGGAGGCCGAGAGGAAAGCUGCUCUGGCGAAUGGAAGUGCGAAUCCGAAUUUGCUGCCUAGUCAACCACAACAGACUCAGGCGCAGCAACAGGUGCAUAAUGGCACACCCUUCCACAUGCUCUGAAUAUAGAGCGGACAUGUACAGGAAAGUAAAUGACCUUUAUCACAUACCCCUUAAUGCAAUGACUU